AUGUUAUCAUCACAAGGUAAUAAUGCUAUCAUUUAUUUAUCUUAUGCUUUCCUUUUGGCUACUGGAUUGUUCUUAGCUUUUAAAUUUGCUAGGAAGGAUAACUUUUUAUCGUCCAACGGAACUCAAAGUACUAUACCGUUAGCACUUAAUUUUAUAGCUUCUGGGUGUGGUAUAUUGACCACUUAUGCUCAAAUUGCUAAUAUAUCUGGUUUACACGGAUUGUUGGUUUAUACUAUUUGUGGAGCUCUUCCUUUAAUCGCUUUCGGAGUAGUAGGUCCAAUAAUUAGAAAAAAAUGUCCUGAUGGUUUCAUUCUUAGUGAAUGGGUAAGACAAAGAUUUGGAGUUGUUACUUCAUUAUACUUGUCAUUAUUUACAGGUUUAACCAUGUUCCUUUAUAUGAUUGCUGAGUUAUCUGCAGUUAGAUCAGCUCUUGAAGUUAUCACUGGAUUGAAUGGAUUACCUAUGAUUAUCGUUGAAUGUGUUGUUACAACUUUAUAUACUUCAGUUGGAGGUUUUAGAAUCUCUUUCAUUACGGAUAAUUUCCAAGGAGCUUUAGUAUUACUUUUAAUUAUCAUCUGUGCUGCUGGAAUGGGUUCUAAUAUCAAAAUUGAUACCUCAAAAAUUGGCGAAAGUGGAUUAUUAAAAGAAAAUAAACUUGGUUGGCAAUUAAUCUAUAUAUUAUUUGUGGCCAUUGGAACUAAUGCCUUCUUCUUGAAUUCUUUCUGGUUAAGAACAUUUUCUUCAAAAUCUGAUAGAACUUUGAGAUAUAGUACUUUAUGUGCGGCUGCGGUUAUCUUUAUUAUAACUACAUUAGUUGGAGUUCCAGGGUUUUUAGCUGUCUGGUCAGGAGAUUUAACUAUUGGUGAUGAAAACGGAUAUAAUGCCUUCUUCAUCCUUCUUGCUAAAAUGCCAAAUUGGGUUUUAGCUUUUGUUUUAAUCUUCAUUGUCUCACUUUCCACUGCCAGUUUCGAUUCCUUACAAAGUGCUAUGGUAUCAACUAUUUCUAAUGAUAUUUUCAGAAAUAAGUUGAAAAUGAUCUAUAUUAGAGGUUUAGUGGUGUUAAUUAUUGUUCCUGUUAUUGUUUUAGCUAUUAAAGUGGCUGAUGAUGUAUUACAAAUUUACUUGAUUGCUGAUUUGGUUUCCUCAGCUAUCAUCCCCAUCUUAUUCUUAGGUUUAAGUGAUAGAUUUUUCUGGUUCUUGAGAGGAUUAGAUAUAAUGGUAGGUGGAUUAGGUGCUUUAGUAGCUGUGUUUGUCUUCGGAACCAUUUAUUAUGGAAGUGCCAAAGAAGGUGGUAAAUUAUUAUUAGUUUCUAAUGGGUUAUAUAAUUCUGAAGAUUGGGGUCCUUUUGGUGCAUUUGUCAUUGCUCCUUUUGGUGGUAUACUCCUUGCCCUCAUAUCAGUGGCCUUGAGAGGUGCUGUAUCCUUUGUUUAUUGUAAAAUUACUGGUAAACCUUUCACAACAUUCGACAGACCAGAAGUAGUUGAAGAAUUAUCAGAUGAUAGUAAUUAUGGAUCGAUUAAAAAAGACGAUACCGAUCCUGAUGCCGUUUAA